UGGGUGGGGUGUGAUGAAUGUUUUGGCAGUUCUUUUUGUUGAAAAUGAUUGAUGAGAGCUUUACCAUUUUCCUUCGUCAAUCCCUCUAUUGUCGUUGUUAUUCGCGAUUCUUCUCUAUCGAACAGGAUAAAGGGUGGCUGAUUCUUUGAAUUUGUCGUUACUUUUGAUCAACUUUUCUCUGUAGUUAUCUCGCCAGCUCCUCUCUGGGGGUUUUGAUCCUUUGUUCCCCUAGAAGCCGCCCAUUAGUCAUAUUUUUUACGUAUAAACUUGGCAACUUACCCAAAUCCUCACUCUGUUUCUCUUCAUCCGAAGAAUCCGUGGAGAAGACGAACAGAAAUAGUUCUAGAAACAGUUUCUUCCUAAAAUGGUGACGAGAAUCGUGGAUCUUCGUUCAGACACGGUCACCAAGCCAACAGAGGCGAUGAGGGCUGCAAUGGCGAGCGCCGAGGUUGAUGAUGAUGUGUUGAGAAAUGACCCAACUGCCCUCCGUUUGGAAACAGAAAUGGCGAAGAUCAUGGGGAAGGAGGCAGCUCUUUUUGUGCCAUCGGGCACCAUGGGGAACCUCAUUAGUGUUCUUGUCCAUUGCGAGGUUAGGGGCUCUGAGGUCAUUCUAGGGGAUAAUUCUCAUAUUCAUAUUUAUGAAAAUGGAGGUAUUGCUACCAUUGGAGGGGUCCAUCCGAGGUCUGUUAAGAAUAACAGAGAUGGAACUAUGGAUUUGGAUUUGAUCGAAGCUGCCAUUAGAGACCCAAGAGGAGAGAUCGUGUUCCCAACUACGAGGCUUAUCUGCUUGGAAAACUCACAUGCUAACUGUGGAGGUAGAUGCCUCUCUGUGGAGUAUACAGACAGGGUUGGCGAAUUAGCUAAGAAGCAUGGUUUGAAGCUUCACAUUGAUGGUGCUCGUAUUUUCAAUGCCUCAGUUGCACUUUGUGUUCCUGUUGAUCGACUUGUCCAAGCAGCUGAUUCUGCAUCGGUAUGUCUAUCAAAGGGUCUGGGAGCUCCUGUUGGCUCUGUUAUUGUUGGUUCGAAGAACUUCAUUUCCAAGGCAAGACGGCUCAGGAAGACCUUAGGAGGUGGGAUGAGACAGGUUGGUGUUCUUUGUGCUGCUGCAUUGGUUGCAAUACAAGAGAAUAUUGUAAAGCUUAAGGGAGAUCACGAGAAGACUAAGAUUUUGGCUGAUGGAUUUAAUGGGAUCAAUGGAUUGAAAGUGGGAAGCCAUUUGGUUGAAACAAACAUAAUAUAUAUAGAUAUAGAAGAAGGCUCAACCAUUACAGGGGAAAAACUAUGCAAAAUUUUGGAAGAACAUGGCAUACUUGUAAUGCCAGAAAGCUCAUCAAGGAUUAGAAUUGUUCUGCACCACCAAAUUUCAGCAACCGACGUGCAGUACACUUUAUCUUGCUUCCAGCAAGCAAUGGUUGGAGCAAUUAACACAUGAAAAAAAGCAUCAACAUGGACGAUGUGCUCGAGUCGAGCGUCUUCUCUUUCGAUGUAAUGUGUCCAUGCUUCUGUAAAUAGUUUGUUUAUCUAAUAAUACGUAGCAAUAUCUGUGAAGCAUCAUGACUAUCAGUGAGUCUGUAAAAGAAGAUGGUUUUGGACUGGUUAAGAAUAAUUGAUAGUGUGGUUAUUUUCAUCCUUGGCCUAUAGAGUCUUAAGCAUAGAAACAAGAGAGUUCAUUCAGCACUUUGUCAUUUUUACCCUUGAAAAAAAGAAAUAUUACAAGUGUGAUAUCUUAA